GGGAGAACUGGCUGUCUUACUUCUUCUAAAACUUGGGAGAAAGUGUCCCGGGCUGGGAGGCUGAAGGGGCCACUGUGCUCUCAAGGGCCCCAGAUUUCCCCCCAGAGGAGCCUUUUAUUGCAACAGUCUAAAGAGAGACAUUUCCCAGCAACCCCCCAAAAGUAAUCCUACCCCCCAACUCCACCCCAGUUCUCAGCUUCAGCAACAAUGUGACAAAUGCAGAGGAAAUCCUACAGCAGGCUUAAUGGAACUACGUAUGGUAUGGGGGAUCCCCAAGUGAACACUACACCUAAGUGGGAGCCCCCCAAAAAACAAAAAGUCACUCGAUCGUCACCCAUUGGCUUUGAUAUUCCAGUCUGUAUUGACCAGGGGCAAGAAAAUCCUCUUCAACCUGUGAAACUACAAAUAUCUCAUCUGGAGGACCCCUGAGGAUAUUUUUUGGGGGGUUAUAACCCUGCUUCCCAUGCCAUGGCUAAUUUUUGAGACUCACAUGACUGUGUAGCCCACGUGGCGAUGGGUCGGGAGAAUGAACUGAUUCAGGCUGUGAAAAGCGGAGAUGUUGGUACCGUUCAAAAAUUGCUGGCGAAAGUGCGAACUCCCAAAAGUAAGCUCCUGGGGUCAACCAAAAGACUGAAUGUAAAUCACCAGGAUACCGACGGGUUCUCUGCCCUUCACCAUGCUGCCCUCACUGGAAACUCAGAGCUUCUCCUUUUGCUGUUGGAAACGCAGGCUUCCGUGGACAUCAAAGAUGGGAACGGAAUGCGACCCCUCCAUUACGCAGCUUGGCAGGGCCAACCAGAACCUGUGCGCCUCUUGCUUCGAGCCUCUGCCAGUGUUAAUGCUGCAUCCAAUGAUGGACAGAUCCCACUGCACUUGGCUGCCCAGUAUGGUCACUAUGAAGUGUCGGAGACUCUUCUGCAGCACCAGUCGAACCCCUGUUAUGUUAACAAGGGAAAGAAAACCCCCUUGGAUCUAGCCUGUGAAUUCGGAAGAGUGAAAGUGGUUCAUCUGCUGUUAAACAGUCACCUGUGCGUCUCUCUCUUGGAAGGCACUACUAAAGAUCCAACAGAUACAAAUUUCACCACACCGCUUCACUUGGCUGCAAAAAAUGGUCACCUGGAAGUAAUCAGGUUGCUGCUCAAAUCAGGCAUUGAGAUUAACAAGGUGACCAAGAUGGGCACUGCUUUGCACGAGGCCGCCCUUUGUGGAAAGACUGAAGUGGUGAAGCUACUGAUAGAGAAUGGCGUCGAUGUGAAUAUUCGGAACACAUACAAUCAGACAGCACUGGAUAUAGUCAAUCAGUUUACUACAACCCACGCCAGUACUGACAUCAAGCAGCUUCUCAGAGAAGCAUCUGGCAUACUGAAGGUCCGAGCGCUGAAGGAUUUUUGGAACGCUCAUGACCCAACAGCCCUAAACGUCCGAGCUGGAGAUCUGAUAACGGUCUUGGAGCAGCACCCUGAUGGCCGCUGGAAGGGUCACAUUCAUGAUCCUCAGAAAGGAACUGACCGUGUUGGUUUCUUUCCUCCAUCCAUUGUUGAGGUUAUCAGCAAAAGGCUGGGCUCUACACUGUCUCGUAACAUCACCGUGCCUUCGCAUCAGCGCGUGGCAAAGACUGCCCUCACUCUGCCAAUUCAGCACAGUCCAAUAACAGGUUCUCAGCUUGGCAUUAACCCUGAAACAUCAAUAGCUGGCGACCGUCACAGUGUGGGCAGUGAGAGCAGUGUACGGAGUGCGGGCAGUGGCCAGAGCUGCGAGGGACAGCUGGUAAACACAGCGCUGCUCAUAGAAAAUGCACAGACGAUGCACCUUGGCUCAGAAAAUCUGCAGAACUGCCAAACAUUCCCAGGCCCUGUUUUAGGACUCCACCUGUCCACCAUUCUACCAGUAGAGAAAGACCCUUGGGUUUAUCCACAAGGAAAGGAUGCUGAGCAGAUAUUUUGCUGGCUACGUGGCUUCCAGAUGGAAACAUAUGUGGGAAACUUUAUUUCGGCCGGCUAUGACCUUCCAACAAUCAUGCGGGUGACCCCAGAGGACUUGACAGCCAUUGGAGUGACAAAGCCAGGACACAGGAAAAAGAUUUCCACCGAGAUCGGCAAGCUGAUAGUAGCAGAUGGCUUACCCCAGCAUACACCCGUGGACCUAUGGGACUGGCUUUCUCAGUUGGGGUUGCCAGAGUACCACAAGCAACUAUCUGAAAAUGGCUAUGAAUCUCUGAGCACUGUGACAGAACUAACAUGGGAGGGACUGCAGGAGAUUGGGAUCCACAGAUUAGGGCAUCAAAAGAAGCUUCUUUUGGGCGUGAAACGCUUGCUUGAUCUUCAGAAGGGUUACCCUAUCGGGGGAACACUAAGACGGAGGAUUCUAGGGUCCCAAGACACUGUUGCUGUUGUGGAGUCACCUGAAAAUGGAGAUUUCCCAAUCACACCCAAGCUGCUGACCUUUCAAGGAGCAGAACUGAGCCGUGAGCUGCAAAGCGCCCUGACUCGGGGGAAUGAACCGUUGUGUACAGGAAGGAGGUCUUUCAGCCAGGAGAGCAUUAGCUCUCGUUCUCAGGGUUCCGGCCAUUCCCAGGAAUCCGCUUCCUCUUUUCCUGUUCUGCCUCUUCACCCUCAAGGAGUAGAUGUAAACCUUCCAGAAAGGAAUCACCCGGAAGGGACAGACCAGACCCUUCAUCACCACCAGGUGACCAACGGAUGUCUGAUUCAGCCAGAGCCACCUGCACCCCCACCCAAGCCUGCACUUAAAAAGCGUUCUCUCAGUGCUUGUCGUUAUGCAUUGUCUGAUGGAGAACCAGAAGAAGAGGAGGAGAAGAAAAUAGCUACACCUGGCACAGCGACACUUAGCUCAUACGCCACCUUAACUAGGCGUCCUGGGCGCAGCUCCUUGACUAAUGGGCAGCCGGAGAAAAAGGUUCAACGUAGCCAAUCAUUUGCGGUUAGAGCACGUAGAAAGGGGCCUCCUCCGCCACCUCCAAAAAGACUCAGUUCCAUGUCCAGUGUAGAGGGACAAUCUCCUGAAGGACAGAGCUCAGUAAGGACCAUUGCUGCACAACUAGAGGAUAUGGGAAGCGGGACAGGAUUUUCUGCCAGCACCAGCAAAGCCCCCCACACAGAAGUGCUGGAUGUUUCUGGAACACGCAGAAGGACUGUGAGUGAGUCUGCUGCUGGACACAGUGGGAGACUUUCCCUCCCUUUGACCACAAAAAAAGAUGAGGAGAGGAAGGAGGAGCCUAUUUCUUCACAAAACAGUUCUAGUGAGAGCAUUCCUUUUGCAGAAGAGGGUAAUCUCACCAUUAAACAGCGCCCCAAACCUCCUGGGGCCAAGUUGGAGCAAGAGGUCACAUCAGAACUCAUUUCCACUCAAGAGUCACAAUUACAGUCUGCUGAGACUCAGCUUCAUUCAGAGACCUCUGCCAUUCUCGCUAAACCUGUCCCUGUAGCCUUACCACAGCCCCGACCUCAGAUAGCAGCCAAACCCCAAAUUGGGCCAAAGCCAGAUACAGGGGCCAGGGCACCGCCAGCCACAUCUACACCAAAGAAUGUGGAGCACGAUUUUAACCUUACAGAAUCAGACACAGUAAAGAGGAGGCCAAGGGUGAAGGAAAAGGAAGAAGAGAGUCCCAAGGCAGCACUGGCAAUCAGUUCUUCAUCUCUCAUUCCACCACAAGAACCCCUGACGCAAGAUACUUUGAGGGCCAAAAUAGCAGAUAUAGAUAAAAGACUCUUGAGCUUUGAGGUAGUGGAGGAUCCAGUGAAAACAAGUGGAAUAAAUACAAGGAGCACAGGUAUCUCCGUCUCUCAGACUCAUCUUGUCAUUUCUGGCCCCCAGCAAGUUUUACAGAAACCCUCUAGAGCAGUAACUGGUCCUUUGCUCCCUGCCGGGUCUAUUCUAUGGGAUAAAGAGUCAGUGGCCCCAAGCAGGGAACGGACUUGCAUUUCUCAGCAGAGCAUUUCCAUUUCGGACCAGGGACCUCCAGUAUUUACCAGUUCGCUACAGAACACAGGGGAACUACAAGACCCUAGGGAAAAAAGUUGCAGGGAAACUGUGCAACUAACCAAGAACAUCCUUGACGACAUCAGCACCAUGUUCGACGACCUAGCUGAGCAACUGGAAGCCAUGUUGGAUUGAGGCCUAUUUUAUUUCUUGACUCUGCUCAGAGACAUAAGUCAGUUAAUGGCUCCGGAUAUGGCCGGAGAUAAAUAUAACUGCCAGAAACCCUGACCGUGCCUAAAGGAGAAGUUAUUUCCACUGCGGUAAUGCAGUGCUCAGUAUCCGGGUGUCACGGGGGGGUUCUAGAUUACUAACAAGUUCUAUUUCGUGCUUGUUAAUAGCUGCCUUUUUCACAGUACAGUUAUCAGUCGCUGCUGUUUCGCUUUCCACGUUUGCAUUUCGCUCAAUGUUAACGCUUGAAUGCAAAUAUCUGGAAAACUGUAAAAAGACGUGUGGUUUUUGUUAAGAAAAUAUUUUAUGUUAAAAGUGCUUUUAUAUUUACAUAUCUAUAAAUAUGGUUACUAAUCA